AUGGGAGCUCCUUGCACCCCUCUUCUCCCUACUCUCAUCACCCUUCUCCCUACUCUCAUCACCCUUCUCCUUACUCUCAUCUCCCUUCUCCCUACUCUCAUCACCCUUCUCCUUUCUCUCAUCAUUCUUCUCCAUACUCUCAUCACCCUUCUCCCUUCUCCCUACUCUCAUCACCCUUCUCCCUACUUUCAUAACCCUUCUCCGUACUCUCAUCACCCUUCUCCCUACUCUCUUCACCCUUCUCCCUUCUCUCAUCACCCUUCUCCCUACUCUCAUCACCCUUCUCCCUACUCUCAUCACCCUUCUCCCUACUCUCAUCACCCUUCUCCCUACUCUCAUCACCCUUCUCCCUACUCGCAUCACCCUUCUCCCUACUCUCAUCACCCUUCUCCCUACUCUCAUCACCCUUCUCCCUACUCUCAUCACCCUUCUCCCUACUCUCAUCACCCUUCUCCCUACUCUCAUCACCCUUCUCCCUCCUCUCAUCACCCUUCUCCCUUCUCGCCGGGAGCUCGUUGCACCCCCCGCGCACUCGUCGGGAGGUCGUUGCACCCCCCGUGCGCUCGCCGCGAGGUCGUUGCACCCCCCUCGUGCUCGACGGGAGGUGGUUGCACCCCCCACAAGCACGCCGGGAGGAGCUCGUUGCACACCCCUUCUCCCUACUCUCAUCACCCUUCUCCCUACUCUCAUCACCCUUCUGCUUACUCUCAUCACCCUUCUCCCUACUCUCAUCACCCUUCUCCCUAUUCUCAUCACCCUUCUCCCUACUCUCAUCACCCUUCUUUCUACUCUCAUCACCCUUUUCCCUUCUCCCUACUCUCAUCACCCUUUUCCCUUCUCCCUACUCUCAUCACCCUUCUCCCUACUUUCAUAACCCUUCUCCGUACUCUCAUCACCCUUCUCCCUACUCCCUACUCUCAUCACCCUUCUCCCUACUCUCAUCACCCUUCUCCCUAG